AUGUGGUUUGAAGUAGUUCAGAGAGAGGCUUCGAAAUCACUAACUUAUAACUAUUGCGACGACGAGAUUAUGUUUAAGAUUCAUGAUGACUCUUUAUUUGGGUUUACAUUCCCAAUCGAAACAUUUGCAUUUGAUAAUAAUAUCAUAUCGCCAUCAAAGACGCACACACUAAUGUUAUCAUCAAUCGAUCAUGAAGCAGACAAUACAUUUGGUAGAGUGCUUGGUGAAUGGUUCACAUCGGUGCACCACAUCAACAUAUUGUGUGACUUGGAAGAGUAUACACGGUGCCAACAAUCGAUCCUAUCGAGUAUCGAAGGUCAGACAGAUAUCACAGUUGAUAUUUGUCUGUUGCUUGAAGGACUCGACACGGAAGAAGACCUCUUGGUGCCAACCGAUCAACACGUAUUUGCAAUCCCAAUCAAGAGACUAGAUUUGCAAAACGGACAAGAGGAUGAAGAGGCACGACUGUUCCUGUCGAUGGUCCAAAAGAUCAAGCCUACCGAGUUGAUCAUUGAUUUGAUCGGAUCGCCCGAGAAUAAAGAGUACCAUUAUCAGUAUGACAAGAUAUUGGCUGUGAAAAGCUUGCGUAUGGUCAAUAUUGGCGGAGACCACGUAGAGUUUAUGGACCUUAACAAUGCGUUGGAUCCAUCGAGUAACAUCACCUCUCUAUCUUGUCAAGUUCUCAGUCACAUGUGUUGGUUCAAGGAUGGUCUCCCCGACGACGACCUAGUACCAUGUAACAAUACAUUUCACUCAAUACGAUCACUAUCCACCAUUGAAUCAAGUAUUGAAACAUUUUGCAAUCUAUUGCUUACAAAUACUACAUUGACCGAUUUUACAAUUAAUAAUAAUAAUCAUAUGCCAAGUCCACAAUUGGUAGAAUGUUUUAAUCAUUUAUUGGUUAUAAACAAAACAAUCAAACAUCUAGGAGUCAAAGGUGAUUUUAUCACCAAGGAAUUCCUUCAAUCAAUUGAACAAUCAACAACAUUGCAAUCUUUGGAAGUUGGAUUAAAACAAUGGACCGAUUCAUUAUUCGAUCAAUUAUUACAUUCAUUAUCGAUCAAUCAUACCAUUAGAGAUUUGAUAGAUUAA